CCAAAAACCAAAACCCCCUCUCAAACCCUCUCACUCACAACACACACACACACACACACUAGGUAGUGGCGGCUGAUACACUUAUAACAGUCUCCCUGUAUCUAUCUAUCUAUAUCUAUCCAUCUAUCCUAUAUCUAUCUAUCUAUCCUAUAUCUAUAGUUAACUAGGGUUUCCAAUUAUAUCCAUCUAUCUAUCUUAUCAAUUUUCCCCAAAUUGUUAGUUGGGUUAUUUUAUCCAGUUUUUCAAGAUCCAUCUAUCUGAUCCAAUAUAAUGGCCACUGUAGCUCCUACUGCUGAUCAAGCUACUGAUCUGAUGAAGAAUUUGACAUUGGAUUCGCAAUCGAAGACUUUGGAAGUUUCGGAGCCUGCAAAAAAACCUUCUGUUGGUUCAGGGGACAUUGGCAAUGGUCAAAGUCAACCACUCGACAGGUCGCUUACUCCAUUGAUUCCGGAUUAUAUGGAUCCAACUGUCGCUUAUUAUCAUAAUGGUUAUGCUUCUCCUGCUUAUUAUUAUGGAGGGUAUGAUGGGGCUACCAGUGACUGGGAUGACUACUCGAGAUAUUUGAAUACCGAAGGAGUUGAUCUGUCUCAUGGUGUUUAUGGGGACAAUGGUUCAGUCAUGUAUCCUAAUUAUGGAUAUGCACCUCCUUAUGGUCCUUAUUCUCCUGCUGCUUCACCUGUGCCAACAGCGGGUCAUGAUGGCCAACUUUUUGGAGCUCAACAUUACCAAUACCCAAGUCCAUACUUCCCACAAAUGACUCAAACGGUCCCGCCUAAAGGUGAUAUUUCGAGAUCUGCAGCCUCUGGUCAACCACCAUUGACUGUAGGCACGGCCGGUGGAAUUCCCAAUUCCACUAUGAAGGCAAACCCUGGCUCUGUUUCAGUCAGACCAGCCACAUAUCAGAAUUCAGCUUAUAAUGGAAGUGGUUCCUAUGGCAGGGGUUCACAAAAUAGUUAUCAGGAUCCAAGAUACGCAUUUGAUGGGGUCCGCUCUCCAGUUUCAUGGUUAGACGCAUCAAUGUAUUCUAGUGGGCUACCUAGAAACACUACCAACACCACCCCUUUAUCAAAUGCAACUGGUUUUGCAUCAAAAAAUCAGAACAUCCAUCCUAACACCCAUCUCGUGGGUCCAAGACCAGUGUCAGGGAUGAAUGCAGCAAGCGGAUAUAUGAAUAGAAUGUAUCCAAACAAGGUAUACGGUCAGUACCAGAGUGCAUAUGGAUCUGGUCUUGGGUUUGGCUCUAAUACCUAUGGCUCACAAAAUAACGGGCAUGGUUGGUUGUCUGUCAAUAGCAAGUACAAGCCUAGAGGAAGAGGCAACGGUUUCUUCGGGAGUAGCAAUGAAAAUGCUGAUGGUCUAAAUGAGCUAAACCGGGGCCCAAGAACCAGGGUAACGAAAGCCCAAAGUGUUCCAACAUCAGUCACUAUAGCCGUCAAGGAACCAAAUGGUGAUUCGUCAAACAUCGAUGGAGUUGAGAAAGAGAAGGUUUGUGCAGUUCCAGACAAAGAGCAAUACAACCAGACUGAAUUUCCCGACACCUAUGCAGAUGCUAAGUUCUUUAUUAUCAAGUCUUAUAGUGAAGACGAUGUGCAUAAGAGCAUCAAGUAUAAUGUUUGGUCCAGUACACAAAAUGGAAACAAAAAGCUUGAUGCAGCAUACCAGGAGGCUCAACAAAAGUCUGGACAAUGCCCCAUAUUUCUUUUCUUUUCGGUCAACACAAGCGGGCAAUUUGUUGGUGUUGCUGAGAUGGUGGGGCCAGUUGAUUUUGAUAAAAGUGUGGAAUACUGGCAACAAGACAAAUGGAUUGGUUGCUUUCCUGUUAAGUGGCAUAUUGUUAAGGAUGUGCCCAACAGCUUGUUGAAGCAUAUCACUCUUGAAUACAACGAGAAUAAACCUGUAACCAAUAGCAGGGACACCCAAGAGGUGAAGCUAGAGCAGGGAUUGCAGGUGAUAAAAAUAUUCAAAGAACAUUCUAGCAAGCAAUGCAUAUUAGAUGAUUUUGAGUUCUAUGAGGAGAGAGAAAAGAGAAUUCAGGAGAAAAAAGCAAAGCAACAACUGUUCCAAAAACAGGCAUGGGAAGAAAAACCAGCCAUUGUUGAGAAGAACAGAGAAGAGGUUGCACCCGAAUUGGUCAAAGAAGAGAUCAAAGUUACAGAUAAUGGACCAGUCAUAGUUAAUGGGGUUGCUAAUGGUUGCUAAACGGAGCAACGUGAAUGGGCGGUGCCUGUGUCCCAACGGCCUCCAUUCGAUGGUGCUGCCCGACUUGGAUGGAUCCUCCGGUAUUUUGAAUAUAGAAGUACACAAGAACAAGAAAGCAGGAGGUCGAGGGAUCAAGUGGAUGUAAAAUAGGAGGUCCAAAGAUAGAAAACCCGAUGUAAUGUCGUGAUGGCCAGUUUUUUUUUUUUUUUAAUAUAGCGCUUUAGCUUUUUCCUAACAGGUUUUUCAUACCUUUUCUGUGUUCUUGUUUCAUGUCUCUUCAUAUUAUUUGUUUUUUUGGUCUAAUAUUUUUUGUUUUUA